GUCGAACUUCGUCGGCGCCAUCGCCAUCGGCGACCUGGUCAAGAGCACCCUCGGUCCCAAGGGCAUGGACAAGAUCCUGCUGUCCUUCUCCGACAUGGGCUCCAACACCGAGCCGGUCAUCACCAACGACGGUGCCACCAUCCUGAAGUCCAUCCACCUGGACAACCCGGCCGCCAAGAUCCUGGUCGAGCUGUCCAAGGUCCAGGACGACGAGGUCGGCGACGGGACCACCUCCGUGUGUGUCCUGGCGUCGGAGCUCCUCCGUGAGGCCGAGCAGCUGGUUCAUGCCCGCAUCCACCCCCAGACCAUUGUUUCCGGCUUCCGUGUGGCCGUGCACGCCGCGCGCAAGGCCCUCGCCGAGUCGGCCGUCGACAACAAGGAGAAUGACGUUGCCUUCAAGAAUGAUCUGCUCAACAUCGCCCGGACCACCCUCUCCUCCAAGGUUGUCUCCCAGUCGAAGGACCACUUCGCGCAGCUCUGUGUGGAUGCCGUCCUCCGCCUGAAGGGGACCCCCAACCUGGAUCUCAUCAACAUCAUCAAGAAGCCCGGUGGCCGCAUGGAGGACUCCUACCUGGACGAGGGCUUCAUCCUCGACAAGAAGAUCGGUGUCGGCCAGCCUCUGCGCCUGGAGAAUGCCAAGAUCCUGAUUGCCAACACCUCCAUGGACACCGACAAGGUCAAGGUCUUCGGUGCCCGUGUCAAGGUCGACAGCACCGCCGGUCUGGCUGAGAUUGAGCGGGCUGAGCGCAACAAGAUGAAGGAGAAGGUCGAGAAGAUCAAGGCCCACGGGAUCAACUGCUUCAUCAAUCGCCAGCUCGUCUACAACUGGCCGGAGCAGCUGUUCAGCGACGCCGGCAUCAUGACCGUCGAGCAUGCGGACUUCUCCGGUGUCGAGCGCCUUGCCUCCGUCCUCGGCGGUGAGAUCACCUCCACCUUCGACAACCCGGACAAGGUGAAGCUCGGCGAGUGCCGUCUCAUCGACCAGGUCAUCAUCGGCGAGGACAAGCUGAUCCGCUUCAGCGGCUGUGCCGCCGGCGAGGCCUGCACCAUCGUCCUGCGCGGUGCCACCAUGGCCCUGCUGGAUGAGGUGGAGCGCUCCAUUCACGACGCCCUGGCCGUCCUGUCGCAGACUGUCCUCGAGACCGCGGUUGUCUUCGGUGGCGGUGCCUCGGAGAUGCUCAUGGCCAAGGCCGUCGAUGAGGCGGCUGCCACCACCUCCGGCAAGGAGAGCCUGGCCACCGAGGCCUUUGCCCGUGCCCUGCGCCGCAUGCCGGCCAUCCUGGCCGACAACGCCGGCUUCGACAGCUCGCUCAUCGUGUCGGAGCUGCGCGCCAUGCACAACCUCGGCAACCACCGCGCCGGGCUCGACAUCAAUGUCGGCGGCCCGGGCGACAUGCAGGCCCUCGGCAUUUGCGAGCCGCUCAAGAUGAAGCGCGCCGUGCUCACCUCGGCCGCCGAGGCCGCCGAGAUGAUCCUCCGCGUGGACCAGAUCAUCCGCUGCGCUCCUCGCCGUCGCGAGCAGUAAGCGGCGGUCUGUGAUAUAUGGCCCUUCUCCGGUGUGUGCACCCGCGCGCGCGCGCGCGGGGGUGUAUGUGCGUGUGCGAGAAGCACAAACACGCAGGGGCACCCCCUGGUGGCUAUGUGCAUCUCCAUCCCCCCCCCCCCCCCCGCGCGCGCGCGCGCGCGCGUGUGCGCGCCCGCCCUAGACCUUCCUUGAGUAUCUUUCCCUUCUCUCGAUGCGUGUGUGUGCAUGUGUAUGUGUAUGUGCGUGUGUCGGUCGCUCUCCUCCCCAUCCCUCUGCCGGCCCUAUGGUUCCUCUUUCUCUCUCUUCCUCCAUCUCGGAGGGGGGGGGGGGCAGCCAGCCCGGGCACCGGGGAGGGGGGGAGGGACGGCCGAUUCACGCGCGUGGGCCUCCGCACAUAUCUCGCCCGCCUGUGAGGGGGCGAGGCGGGUCCUCAUCAGUUGACACACCCAUGGUCCCUCCCCCUCUCUCCCUCCACCUGUGCGCGCGCGUCCAUCACGGUGCGUGCGUGCCUCUGCGUGUGUGUGUGUGCCUCCCCUCUCUCCAUCCUCUCCCCCCUUGAAGAAGAGGGCACAUUCUCUCCGUACCAUCGCGCACCAUGGUGGGACAAUCCCCUUCUCUCUCUCUGUUUCUCUCCCCUCUCAGAAAAUAUACAAAUACCUUCUCUCGUGGCG